AGAUCAAAUCAGAUCAGCACUUGGCUCCCAGCGACAGAAGUACGAGCCACAUGGAGGAAGCAAUUCCCCCUGUCCUUUGAUUAAUAACAAGGCAGAUCUGCUGAACGAGGGCCACGCUGCUUAAUUGACUCUGGUUUUGAAACAGCAGCUUAAUAACUAGGUUCAAAUUAGCCAGAAUCACCUUUCCAUCCCGGGGAAUUUAAAGGAAAUGUGAAUUGCUCCGGCAUGCCCUCCCCCCACAGCAGCCUCUUUAAAAAUGCAUCUCCAAUAAACCAGUUGCAUUUCUCAUGCUCGGAUUAUUAUUUUUUUUUUUCAUCUUUUUAUUAAGCAGAUAAGUUGUUGCUGUUAAAACAGCCAUGAAAUUCCUUCACAGCCAUGUAAAUCUCCUGGUUUUAACUGCAGACCCAGGGAUGAGGCUGGGAGGAAUCUCGAAUGGGAAAGCCUGAAUGCUUGUGCCUGCAAUGAAAUUAUAAAUCCACAUCCCAGAGCAAAUGAGCAGUAGGAGGCAGCCAGAAAUCUCCAUCAGCAGAAGCGCUGGGCUGCAGCAAGGGAUGGAAGUUGCAAGUGGAACCGAAAAGGCACCCGAGCCGGGAGGACUGUUGGCAUUUUUCCUGACAACAUCCUGCACAAACGGAGCCAGUUCGGGCAAGAACAUCGAAUAGGGGAGCCCAUGGCACUAAAUCAGCCCGGGAUUCAGUGCUGUGCCCUGCUCCUUACCCCUGAUUCCUUCCCUCAGUUUCCCCAUCUGUAAAAUGGAGGACAUGCUGCCAACCCCUGCUUGAAAACCACUGUCGGAUGCAGAAGAUGUAACUGAAUUGUUCAGGUGAUGCUCGUCGGCUGUUGUGUCCGACACAACAGAUCAAGGGCAGCCCGUGUCCCCUGAGUCCUGUGACCCACAAGGCUAAUGCCAGCAUGGACCAAGACGUGAUGAAUAGAGAAGAGCAACAUUCCCGCCCUGGAAGGAUUUCAGCCCUAACGGGGGAACUGGCCUCUCUCAGCCUCAAAACCUAAUGAACCAAAUCAUCUGUAUUUGUGGGAGGCUUCAGCAGGAGCAGAGAGGGGCAAGAAGAGAGAAGGAAUGGCUGACGAGGAGCUGAGGUUGGCUGUGCUGGAUGCUUUGCUACUUAAACAUUCCUGGUCUUGGAUGCCACAACAGACCCAGAUGUCGGUGCAGCCCUGGACCUGCAGAACGGCACAUGGGAGAAUGGUCGUGAGCCCAUAAGACCAUGCUCUACACAAUGAGAUGUUGGCUCCUGGUUCUGGUCCUCCACCUUGUCCCGCUGAGCCCCCGGCGGGCAGCCGCCUGCCCUGCCCGCUGCGAGUGCGCCCCGCAGAUCAAGUCGGUGGUGUGUCACCGCAAGCGGCUCACCUCCAUCCCCGAGGGCAUCCCCACCGAAACCAAGAUCCUGGAGCUCAACAAGAACCGCAUCCGCUGCCUGAACCCGGGGGACCUCUCCCCAUACCCACUGCUGGAGGAGCUGGAUUUUAGCGAGAACAUCAUUUCCAAUGUGGAGCCAGGCGCCUUCAGCAACCUGUUCAACCUGCAGACCCUGCGGCUGCGGGGGAACCAGCUCAAGCUCAUCCCUCCGGGGGUCUUCACCAAACUGACCAACCUCACCCUCCUGGACAUCAGUGAGAACAAACUCGUCAUCCUGCUGGACUACAUGUUCCAGGACCUGCGAAACCUGAAGAGCCUGGAGGUGGGUGAUAAUGACUUGGUGUACAUCUCCCAACGGGCCUUCUCGGGGCUGCUUGGCCUGGAGCAGUUGACCAUCGAGAAGUGCAAUCUAACCUCCAUCUCAGCCGAGUCACUCUCCUACCUCCAGAACCUGGAGGUGCUGCGGCUCCGGCACCUCAGCAUCUCUGCACUGGAGGACCAAAACUUCAAGAAGCUCUACAACCUCCUGCAGCUGGAGAUCGACAACUGGCCACUGCUGGAAGACAUAUCCCCUACCAGCUUUCAGGGCCUGAACCUCACCUCUCUUUCCAUCACCUACACUAAUAUCACAGCCGUGCCCGCCACUGCCUUGAGGAGCCUGGUGUACCUCCGGUACCUGAACCUGUCCUACAACCCCAUUAGCACUGUGCUGAAGGGCUCCUUUAAAGACCUCAUCCGGCUCCAGGAGCUCCACAUCGUGGGUGCUCUCCUGGUGUCUGUGGAACCACAGGCUUUCUCUGGCCUGAGACAAAUCCGGCUGCUCAACCUCUCCAGCAACUUUCUCUCCACACUGGAGGAGAGCACCUUCCACUCUGUCAACACGCUGGAGACGCUGCGGGUGGACAGGAACCCGCUGGCCUGCGACUGCCGCCUCCUUUGGAUUCUGCAACGGCGAAAGACGCUCAACUUCGACGGGCAGCAGCCCAUGUGCUCCUCACCACCCGAAAUCCAGGGCAAUGCCCUGCGUGACUUCCCGGACUCCGUGCUCUUUGAGUACUUCACCUGCCAGAAGCCCAAGAUAAAGGAUCGGAAGCUGCAGCAUGUGACGGCCCGGGAAGGACAGUCCGUGUCCUUCCUUUGCCGGGCGGAUGGGGAGCCAGACCCCUCCAUUGCCUGGGUGUCCCCCCAGCACCGCAUGAUCACCACCCGCAGCACAGGGCGGGUGACCGUGCUGCCUGGGGGCACCUUGGAGAUCCGCUUUGCCCAGAUGCAGGACAGUGGCACCUACAUUUGCAUCGCCAGCAACGCCGGUGGCAAUGACACCUACUUUGCCACCCUGACGGUGAAGGGGCGCCUGAAUGACGGCUCGCACUAUGCCAACCGGACUUUGUACCUCAGCGAGUUCAACGACACCUCUCACAAUGACACGCAAGUCUUCUUGAAGUUUACGUUGGACCUCAAGACCAUCCUGGUCUCCACGGCCAUGGGCUGCAUCACUUUCCUUGGCGUGGUGCUCUUCUGCUUCCUCCUCCUCUUUGUCUGGAGCCGGGGCCGGGGGCAGCACAAGAACAACUUCUCAGUGGAGUACUCCUUCCGCAAGGUGGAUGGUCCCACCACCACCACCGGCCAAGGAGGAGCCAGGAAGUUCAACAUGAAGAUGAUCUGAGCCUGUCCUGGUGGAGAACUGUUGUCUGCUGCGUGCCCAUGGGCAGCAGGAUGGGGCCGGGGUAUGUGGGAGCACUGGUGAUGUCCCAGGGCUGGCGAUGGGACGUCGCUGUGCUGGGACAUGGCCAGAGACAUGCCGGAGACACUGCAGGCCAGAGAGUCAGAACCACAUGGACCUCAGGGUUGGAGAGCAAUGACCCCAGCCCUAUGGUGAGCCCUCAGGGCACAAUGGCUCAGGGGCCAUCCCGGCCCCAGGGGCUCCCAAUGUAGCCAACAUCUUUGCUACCAACUAUGCAUUUCUCCAGCCAACAGAUCAGCAGCAUUUGGACCUGGGAAAAGAAACUGAUUCCCUUUUUCUCCCCCUUUCCCUUUUUUUUUUUAAGAGACUCUGAAAAACUUUCCUGGUGGUUGUUUAUGGUUCUUCUCUUUUCUUGUUGUUGGGUUUGGGGGUUUUUUUGGUCCAAUGAUUUAUUUUUUUUUUUUUAAUGAAUUUCCAAGAGAAAAGUCUUCCGUGGCGAUGCGGGACUGGGAGAGGCACUGGGGCAGGUUGUGCUGAGUUGGGGUGUCCCCCAGCCCCUUGGCAAAGCUGGAUCCCCAAAGGCACAUUCAUGCCUGGAGACCUUCCCAUUGGCAGAUUAAAGACAUGGCAUCUGCAAACGUGGGUACCCAGGGAUGCUCCUGCACAAGCAAUAAUAACCCACCCAAGGCUGGGCUCUGAAGAGGCAACAGCAAGAAAAAAAGGGGAAAAAAAGGCAAAAUGAGGCCAAGGUCAUUAAAUCAGGAGGAGCAGCCUCAGGGUGGUGCAAGGCCCUGUCUUUGCAUCCGCCCAAGCUGCCAUGGGAGCAGCAGGGUGGGGAGUCAGGAUUCCUGCAGUGCAAAAGGCACUUUUAGGUCCAUUUUCCAUGUCUUGCAAAGUCUGCAGCAGAGCAGGAGCUGGCUCGUCCUGUGCAGGAGGGACCGUACAGCCCAGGAAAGAAGAGAGAAAGGCUUGGAAUGAGCAGCUCAGGAACCAACAACAAAAGCAAAUACCAGGAGAAGGUCCCGGCUGGCACUUCCAUCGUGUCCGCCCAGAUCCUGCACCCUCCAUUGCUGAGGACCACAGGUCGGUGUCCCUGGGCUCCACUCCCUGCUGCCAAGGGGAUUGUUCCUGACUUCCCAUUCCACCCCUGCCCAGGGCAACACUGGCUUUGGCUCAGGGAUAGCAUUUUGGGUGGGAGAAGGAGCAGAGCUGGCACAGAUAGAUAGAAAAGAAGAGCCUGGAUGGGACCUAGACAGGUCAAGGAGCCUAUCACUUCCUCCUCUUCCUCUUUCUUCUCCUCCCAUGUGCACCCAUGGGAGCUGCUGCAGAUCUCACCUCUGGCCCCAUUCCUGUGGGCAUGUCUACCUACCUGAUGCAGGGCUCUGGGAGCUGGAGAAGGCAGUUGCCCAUCUUCUGCUGGGCAUCCCUGGGCCUUGCGGGCUGCACUGGAGGCAGGAGCUCCCAAGGGGUCAGGGCUUUGCUGCAGAAGUAGCUGCUCAGAUGAUCCCCUGUUGCACCCAUGGGAGCCCCAGUGGGGAGAGGGGUGAUGGAGCCAAUGGGCUCAGCACCCACCCUCCUCUCCAAGGUGCUCCCGCUGGUCGCUCCCAGGAUCCAGCCUCAAACUGGGAGGGAUGCUUCCCAUCUCUCCCUUCGCAUGCCCGGUGCUCCCCGCUCCCUGAGCCGUGCAUGCCAUGUCCCACCACGGUCCCACCCGCGUGCCCUUGUUUGGUGUCUGGGGUUUUUUAGCUGGGGAGGUUUGGGGGUGGGAAGGGGGUCAGGGAUGGACCCUUGUGUCCAGGAGCAGAGGCAGGUUUGGGCAGUGCAGACCUGGCACCGUUUUAUAUGUACCGAGCAUGUGAAUUGUAUUUGCGGGGAAAAGAGAAAAAAGAAAAGGGGACUUUU